GAACGGACAUGGAUCACUUACCAGCGACAAUGACGUGGACUCUAGCCAUUCUCGCUUGCGUGUUUACUUCGAUUCAAAGUGGUGCGUGUGCAGACGCGGAAGAGCGGCUGAUGAACCGACUGCUGAAUGAGACUCGCUACAACAAGCUCAUACGGCCCGCUAUCAACCGCACCGAGAGGGUCACCGUCAGGCUACAGGUGUCACUGGCACAGCUGAUCAGUGUGAAUGAAAGAGACCAGGUGAUGACCACCAACGUCUGGCUGACACAGAACUGGGAAGAUUAUCGUCUGUCCUGGGACCCGGCCAAGUAUGAGGGUAUCGACAAACUGCGCAUCCCUUCCCGACACAUAUGGCUCCCCGACAUCGUCCUCUACAACAAUGCUGACGGGACAUACGAGGUGACAGUAUUCACCAACGCCAUCGUGCUGUUCAAUGGCAGCAUCGCCUGGCUGCCUCCGGCCAUCUACAAGAGCGCCUGCAAGAUCGAGGUCAAGCACUUCCCCUUCGACCAGCAGAAUUGCACCCUCAAGUUCCGCUCCUGGACCUAUGACCACACCGAGAUCGACCUGGUGCUCAAGUCAGAGGUGGCCAGCAUGGACGACUUCACGCCCAGUGGCGAGUGGGACAUUUUGGCCCUUCCAGGUCGGCGUACGGUCAACCCAAAGGACCCCACCUACGUGGACCUGACGUACGACUUCAUCAUAAAGCGCAAGCCGCUCUUCUACACCAUUAACCUCAUCAUCCCCUGCGUGCUCAUCACCUCGCUGGCCAUCCUGGUCUUCUACCUGCCCUCAGACUGUGGUGAGAAGAUGACGCUGUGUAUCUCAGUACUGCUGGCCCUCACCGUGUUCCUGCUGCUGAUCUCCAAGAUCGUGCCGCCGACUUCUCUUGACGUCCCUUUAAUCGGCAAGUACCUGAUGUUCACCAUGGUACUCGUCACCUUCUCCAUCAUCACCAGCGUGUGCGUGCUCAACGUGCACCACCGCUCGCCCAGCACGCACACCAUGCCCGCCUGGGUCAAGCUGGUCUUCCUGGUCAAGCUGCCCAUGCUGCUCUUCAUGCGCCGGCCCCAGAAUAGCUCCGCCAGGCAGAGGCUGAGGCAGCAGAGGCGCGUCCGGGCCCACCGCGGAGGAGGACUCCUGGGGCUCGACUACGGUGGCGGCGUCGGUUGCGGUGAUGGUAGCUCCAUCUCGGCGUCGUCUGCCGCCCUGCUCACGUCUGCCUUCUCCUCACCUGGGCACUUCUACUCAGCUGGUGGCAUGGGUGGUGGCGGUGGUGGUGGUGGUGGUGUUGGUGGGAAGAGUGGUAUUGGCGGUGGCGGUGGUGGUGGUGGUUCCGGGUUCGGACAUGGCUCCGGUUUCGGACAGGCCGGCGCCAGGAAGGGAGCCAUGGACUUCCGCACGGAUUUACGCUCCGACUUUCUGCCCAAUGGGUUCACCUUGGCCCAGGACUUGAGGCAGAGAGGAGGAGCGCUGGACUUGGGCUCCAACGUGCAGGAGGCGGUGGAUGGGGUGCGCUACGUAGCUGACCGCAUGAUGGGAGAUGACGAUGACCAGAGUGUGAUUGAGGAUUGGAAGUAUGUGGCCAUGGUGGUGGACCGCCUCUUCCUGUGGAUCUUCGUCAUCGUGUGUGUGUCGGGAACGCUGGGUCUCUUCCUCCAGCCCCUCUUCCAGCCCAUCAUCGUCCCACAGACAGACGCUGCGCGCCGCAACGGCGUGUGA